AUGGUUGAAUUAUACCCUUCUUUGGCGCAAUGCGCCAUAGUUGCAGCCGCCUUUAAGGUGCUGCUUUUCCCCGCAUACAAAUCAACGGAUUUUGAGGUUCAUCGCAAUUGGCUCGCUAUCACCCAUGCUCUCCCGAUCCAAGAGUGGUACUACGAGAAAACCUCAGAAUGGACGCUCGAUUACCCGCCGUUCUUUGCGGCCUUUGAAUGGCUAUUGUCUCAAGCUGCAGUAUAUGUCGACCCUGCAAUGCUGGUUGUGAAGAACCUGGGCUAUGAUUCCUGGCAGACUGUCUACUUCCAGAGAACAACGGUCAUAUUGACGGAAUUGGUUCUUGUCUAUGCGCUGAGCCGAUUCGUCCAAUCCGUUCCUCUGCCAAACAAAAAGGCUGCGCACGUAGCCAGCCUUUCCAUUCUGCUAUCCCCGGGUCUUUUCAUCAUUGAUCAUAUCCACUUCCAAUACAAUGGGUUCAUGUAUGGAAUCCUGAUUCUAUCCAUCGUUUUGGCUCGGAAGCAGUCCACCCUCUUGUACAGUGGUAUACUUUUCGCAGUCUUGCUGUGCAUGAAGCACAUCUACCUGUACCUUGCCCUUGCCUACUUUGUCUACUUGUUGCGCACCUAUUGUCUCGAUGCCAAAUCCAUCUUCCGACCCCGAAUUUGGAACAUCAUCAAACUUGGAGUCUGUGUGGUUGGUGUCUUUGCAAUUGCCUUUGGGCCGUUUGCGCAAUGGGGUCAGUUGUUGCAACUGAAGGACAGGCUCUUCCCAUUCUCCAGGGGACUGUGCCACGCGUACUGGGCUCCAAACAUCUGGGCAAUGUACUCGUUCACCGAUCGGGCUUUGAUUCCUCUUGCUCCUCGGCUGGGCCUCCCGGUGAACCAAGACGCGCUCACCAGUGUGACGCGAGGACUAGUUGGAGAUACCUCUUUUGCCAUCCUUCCCGAAGUCACCAAGGAGCACACGUUUAUAUUGACUUUCUUGUUCCAAUUGGUUCCUCUCAUCAAAGUCUGGCGCAAGCCAGGAUGCUGGGACACUUUUGUUGGCGCAAUCACCCUCUGCGGCUACUCAUCCUUCCUAUUUGGCUGGCAUGUCCAUGAGAAGGCUAUACUUCUCAUCAUCAUUCCUUUCAGUCUCAUCGCACUUAAAGAUCGGCGGUACUUUAGCGCAUUCCGUCCUCUUGCGGUCGCAGGGCAUGUUUCGCUGUUCCCACUUCUCUUUACUGCAGCCGAGUUCCCACUCAAAACUGUCUACACAAUCUUGUGGUUGGUUCUGUUCCUCUUCGUCUUUGAUCAAGUCGCGCCAGUGCCGGAAAGGCCCCGCAUCUUUGUGUUUGAUCGACUAUCGCUACUUUACCUGACAGUCUCCAUCCCCUUGAUUGUCUACUGCUCUUUGGGUCAUCAGCUGAUCUUUGGCUGGGACCGACUCGAAUUCCUGCCACUGAUGUUCAUGAGCAGUUAUUGUGCACUUGGCGUGGUAGGAAGCUGGGUUGGAUUUAUGGUGGUCUACUUCACUGCAUAG